AUGGCGCCUACCAGAAGCCCCCAGAUGAUGAAGGUUACUGCUGGCUGCAGCGAAGAGAGAGAAUCCAAGCGCCACGAAACUGAAUAUGUCAGCAGCGUCUGCCAGAGCCACAUACCUGAUCGAGAGAUAGCAGGACUGUACUUGCUCAUGGCAGAGAUAGCACUGUAUGAACCACUCCCUCCUCCUCCCAUCUUGAUUGUCACCAACGACAUUGACACGCCUUCCUUGAUUGAGACGCGGCUAGCCCGUGCUGUCCGGAUCGGAAGUGAUGCAACACUCGAUGAGAUCAACCGCAUUGCAGUUGACGACGAGGAAGAUACCAAUUCUGCGUCCAAGUCUGUGCACGUGCAUCAUGAGCUCAUCCAUCCCCUCUGGUAUUCAAAAAGAGCGAAGAACCUCCACUUCAAAAAGCCAGACUGGCUACAUCCAUUUCUGAACCGCAAGAUGUACCUUCGUGACAGAUUCUACAAGCACCUUUGA